AAUCCCACCCAAUGAGUGGACCACCAAUUUACUCCCACAACUCCAAGACGUUGAAUUUGAAUUUGUUUCAUUAUCCCCGAAUUCGACGUUGCCUUACUUAUUUAAUCAAAUAAUUUAAUUUAAUUUCGAAGCCAAACUCGACGGAAGGGGUUCAUUCCCAGGAAACCUUUUCUGUCGCCGUCUGAAUUGCGGUUGACUGACGUCUCAGUCAAGCCCCCGCGCUCUGCUCCUUUUCUUCCUUCCUUCCUUCCUUCCUGGGCCUCUUUUGCUCUAUCGGGUUGACCACAAGGCACACAUCAAGCUAGGAAUGGUGUCUUUGUAAUUGCUACGCUAUCACGGAGAAGUGGCAUCGGAUGGUUCAAUAGAGCCCAGUAUUUCUGAUUGCAUUCAAGAGAAGAAUACAGGCGGAAUCUCUUAAUAUCCUGAAGGCUGAAGUUAUGACCUUCACAUUUAGAAAAGUUCUAUUAUUUUCGCUGUUCUCCCUAGUUCUCUUUGGGUACACUACAUCAGAGAUUGAAAAUGAAGUGACGCAAAAGCUGAGAUCUGCUCCACACAAAAAUGUGAGAAGUAAUGUUAUUGAUGGCACUGGUCAGGAGAAUGCCAUAAAUUUUGAGGUUUCAAAUAAUGGACUGGGUGAGGUGAAGAGCGCAAACAGCAAAGUCUCAGUCUCUACUGUUGCGUUAUUUACGUUGGCAAUGGCUGCUGCCACAGGUUUAGGUGCAGUUCCAUUCUUCUUUGUUGAGCUUGAUCCACAAUGGGCGGGAUUAUGCAAUGGGAUGGCUGCUGGUGUAAUGUUGGCUGCAAGCUUUGAUCUUGUACAGGAAGGACAAGGCCAUGGUGCACAAAGCCAUGGUGCUGGGAACUGGGUUGUUGUUGGGCUUUUAGCUGGGGGCCUUUUUAUUUGGCUAUGCAAGCAGUUUCUUGAGCAAUACGGAGAAGUUAGUAUGUUAGACAUCAAAGGUGCAGAUGCAACUAAAGUUGUUCUUGUGAUUGGAAUAAUGACUCUUCAUUCAUUUGGGGAGGGCUCUGGUGUUGGGGUUUCCUUUGCUGGCUCAAAGGGUUUCACUCAGGGCCUUUUGGUUACUUUGGCUAUUGCUGUGCACAAUAUACCAGAAGGCUUAGCUGUGAGUAUGGUGCUUGCAUCCAGGGGUGUUUCUCCGCAGAAUGCCAUGUUAUGGAGCAUAAUUACAUCAUUACCACAGCCCCUUGUAGCAGUUCCUUCAUUCAUAUGCGCUGAUGCAUUUAGCAAGUUCCUUCCUUUCUGUACGGGCUUUGCUGCUGGAUGUAUGAUCUGGAUGGUUGUUGCGGAGGUGCUUCCUGAUGCAUUUAAGGAAGCCUGUCCAUCACAGGUUGCGUCAGCAGCUACUCUCUCUGUUGCAUUCAUGGAAGCUCUUAGCACUCUUUUUCAGAAUUUCACCCAUGAUUACAACUCAGAGGAUGCUUCUGGCUUUUUUGUGUCAUUACUUUUUGGUCUUGGACCAUUGCUCGGUGGCACUGUUCUUGUCGCCUUUGCAUUAGCUUUCCAUCUUCAGCAUGCUCUUCUGAUGGGUGCAGCAUCUGGCAUUGCCUUUGUCCUUGGUGCCUGGAGACCAUUGCAGCUACUUUUUUCGUUAAAGAUGGGAUUUCUAUCUGCUAUAUUUCUGCUUGCAAUGGGAGCUGGAUCCGUCCAUAUUUUGAGCUCUAGUAUUCUGAAGCUCACAGGUCGCAAAAAAACUUCGGUUCAUAACUUACCCACAGCAAAUGGUUUUCCAGUGAGCAUUCACACCCUCCAGGCAUUCUUGUCAUGUGGAGCAGUUGCCUUUCAUGCUUUGGCUGAAGGGCUUGCACUAGGGGUUGCUGCACCAAAAGCUUAUGGACUUGGGCGACACAUGGUCCUUCCUGUCUCCCUACAUGGACUCCCUCGGGGUGCAGCUGUGGCUAGCUGCAUAUUUGGGGCUACUGAUAACUGGCAUGCAGCCCUUGUGGCGGCUGCUUUAAUUGGAUUCGUGGGUCCAAUAUCUGCAAUAGGAGCAAUACUCGCAGGAAUUGAUUAUAGCGGAUUAGACCAUGUGAUGGUUUUUGCUUGUGGGGGGCUGCUCCCGAGUUUUGCAAAAGUAGUGAAGAGAGCGGUGAAGUUGGAUACACGUAAAAGUAGCUGUGGGAUUCUGAUUGGUGUGGGGUUUGCAACUCUGUGUCUGACUUGCACGAAGUUGGUGUGCUUGCACACACCUUAUUGCAAUUCUGCACCAGAGGCCGUCAGAUGAGAUCGUGCUGCAGUUCAUGCAAUGUAACUUCUUAGGUUAAAGAACAUCAUCCAUGCUCCAUAGCAUACGAGUUCGGCACCUCUGCUUCGGAGAAGUAUACUGUUGAAAAAUUGGAGAGAUGCUGAGAGGCCGGAAUAGUGGCUGACAUCAAAGGAAGGAUUAGAGAAGGUUUUGCGUGAUAGCGGAGCUCGUCUCGUCUUGUACAAACAUUAGAAAAUAAAUUUAUGUUACAGAAAAGAAAUGAGAAGGUUGAAGCUGAAUUUUUAUCUUUAA